AUGAGCAACCUCGCACUCACCUUGCAUAAGCGUGGUCAGUGGGUCGAGGCCGAAAAGAUGAAACGAGACGUUUUUGCUCUGCGGUUGGAGAUUCUUGGAGAACGCCACCCAGACACAAUCGUGGCAAUGAACAACCUCGCAAUCACCUUGAGUGAGCGUGGUCAGUGGGUCGAGGCCGAAAAAAUGAAACGAGAAGUGCUUGCUCUGUGGCUGGAGAUCCUUGGACGACGCCAUUCAGCCACAAUCGUGGCAAUGAACAACCUCGCAAUCACCUUGAGUGAGCGUGGUCAGUGGGUCGAGGCUGAAAAGAUAAAACGAGAAGUGCUUGCUCUGUGGCUGGAGAUCCUUGGACCGCGCCACCCAAAAACAAUCACGAUAAUGAGCAGCCUCGCAGUCACCUUGAGUGAGCGUGAUCAGUGGGUCGAGGUCGAAGAGAUGGAACGAGAAGUGCUUACUCUGCGGCUUGAGAUCCUUGGACGACGCCAUCCAGAUACCAUCACAGCAAUGAACUAUCUUGCGGCAAACUUAGCUAACCGUGGCAAAUGGGUCAAGGCCGAAAAGAUGCAACGACAGGUCCUCACUCUCCGGCUUGAGAUCCUGGGUGAACGACAUUCAUAUACCAUCUUGACAAUGUCCCAGCUCGCCGUCACAUUGUACAAAUGCGGACAAUUGGACGAGUCAGAGAGAAUGCAGCGAGAAGCACUUUCUCUACGGCGCGAAAUCCUUGGAGCACGCCAUCCUGACACUCUCCUUGUAAUGCACAGCCUUGCUGCUAUACUCUACGACCGUGGUCAGGUGGACGACGCGGAACGGAUGCAACGGGAGGCACUCGCUUUGGGCCUUGAAAUACUUGGACAACAGCAUCCUCGCACCCUUGACAUUUCAUAUAAUCUAUGUCUUAUGCUAUACAGGCGGAAUCAGCUGGAGGAAGCCAAAAAACUCCUGCGAGAGACCAUGGAACCACGUAUUGCAGUGUUUGGUGAGGACCACAAGCACACUCGAGUCCCACAGGCGCUUCUUGAAGACAUCGUGUCUAAACAAUCCGAUGACUUCAUUCACCAAUGUCCCACCCAUCAAUUCUUAGUCAGAGAAUAG